AUGGCCAAUUACGACAAUCCAAAAGCUUACUAUAAUCAAUCAGGUAUUUAUUGCCAAAACUUACAAUCACCAAGUCUUAUUCUUCGUCCCUUAGAUUAUGUCCCAGCCCCUCCUAUGACUGGGAGUAGCAAUAGCACCAGCAACAGCAGACCACCCAUCAAUAAUAGUUACAGUAGUCCAGCGAGAAUGCUGAAGCCAAACGGCUCUUCGGGUGAUCUUCCUCCUCCGCCAUACUCUCCGUCAUCACCUCAACCAUCAGCGCCUCCUAUGCCAGGAUACCCCUCCUACGGAACUACCCAACCAGGUCUGCUGUCCCCCGCUUUACCAUUUCCUGUUCCACAACCAGAAACUCCACCCUCUACUCAGCAACAAAUGCCUAUCCCCCACCCAAUAUCUUCACCAUCUCCAAACCCACAUAUUCCUCGUGACUGGCCUACUUAUCGUACUCCUCCUCCUCCUCCUCCUCCAGCAUGGCCGGAAAGGCGCCGACGAUCGGGCAGCUGUUGCCAGUCAUGGUGUAAAUACCUAUUCUUGUCAAUAUUAAUUUGGCUUUUGGUGUUAAAAUACAUCGGUGUUUACCAAUCACCUUCAAAUAUUCCAGCUACUUUGUGUGAUGAUAAUAGUGCAGAUUAUUGGGAACAACUGCCUCCCUCAUUCUUGAUAACUCAAAACGUCAAGGUGGUUGUAGAAGGCCGUGUAACAGGCGGAACCAUUCGUGUGAACCGAUUACCAACAAAUGCUCAAGGAACCAUCAAACCCACAGUUCGUGUUUCUGCAAAUCAUCGGAAUCUCUUGAAAGAAAUGUCUUUUAGAUACACUCCCGGACCAGAGACUUUGUUAGAACUUAUCAUGCCCACUCUUUUACCUGCCGACGGAUGUGUAUACGUUGAUAUGGUUAUCGAUCUUGCCGAUGAUGCCAUUGCUCUUGAUAUUAAUGUCACAAACCUGUCUAUCGUUGUUGUUGAUCCAUUUGUUAUUAAUCGUGUCAACUUACGUACCACAAACGCCAAAAUCACCUUUGAUGCUCCAUGGGAAGGAAAUUCGCUCAGCCUACAAUCUUCAAAUGCCGCCCUUUCAGUUUCUGGUCUUGAAGCUAGUAACAAUAUUAAUAUCGUUACUACUAAUGGAAACGUCCUGCUUACAACCGCAGUUGCUGGUAGUGCAAUCAAUGUACGCAGCACUAACGGUCAGAUUAUUGGUUCUAGCCUGACUGCCCCGCUUGUUCAAUUAAAAUCAACAAAUGGACGUAUCAGUCCUGGAAUUGUCGUUGGUCAGAAUGUCGUAGUAGAGUCCAGUAAUGGAGCCUUGUUGCUGGAAGUUACUGCGAAUAAGAUCAAUACCCACACCACUAAUGAUAAAAUUAACCUUACUGUCAAUGAUGUUGAAGGCUCUAUCGUUAGAGCAGUGACAUCCAAUUCACAAGCCAGACUUAUUAUGAACGGCUUCAAGGGUCAAUUCAAGAUUAAGACUUCCCACAGAAACUCUGCUCGCAUCAAAAACGAUAGUGAUUAUCCAAUUAGUUACACGUAUACAUCAUCUUUCAGCAAGGAAGGUGUUAUCUCAUCAGGCACUGGAACUAUCUAUGUUGCAACAUCUAACUCUGAUGAUGAAAUCACAUUCCGUAACUGA